CAAGCAUAUGUGUUGUGCUGUCAAUUCAGAACUUGAAAUGAGAAGUAGAAAUGUGUUUCGGGAAUCCCGGAACUUUAAAUAUUACCCAGGAUUGAUCCAGGACUGGAUGUGAUGCCCAAGUAUGGCCUCAGCUCAGAAAUUACUGGUGGUAGCUAUCGACUUUGGGACGACGUACUCGGGUUACGCCUUUUCCUUCUACCACGAGUAUAAGUCUAACAAGAAAAAAGUGAGAACUUACCUUUGGCCGACUGGAAUAGGCUUGGAACAGUCCACUAAGGCACCUACCUCCAUACUAUUUGACUCCAGACAAAAGUUCCACUCAUUCGGGUACCAGGCAGAGGAUACUUACACCAGGUUGCCGGAUGACCAUCAAAAGCAAUGGUAUUACUUCAAAAGAUUCAAAAUGACGCUUUUCAAAAACGAGAAUUUAAAUGAGAUGACCAGGAUAAAAGAUGUGACAGGAAGGGAGAUGCGCGCAAUGGACGUGUUUUCAGCAGGGAUCAACUACCUUCGGGAUCAUUUCCACGAAAUGUUGCAGGAAAGAAGCAUCGUUGAAGAAGAGGACAUCCAGUGGGUUUUAACUGUACCCGCAAUCUGGAACGAUGCUGCCAAACAGUUCAUGAGGAAGGCUGCAGUGAAGGCCGGCAUAAAUGGUGAUCGUCUGAAACUGGCUCUUGAACCGGAAGCUGCUGCCUUGUAUUGUAAAUCUAACGUUCGCCAGGAAAUGUUCCCCAUCGGCCAUACGUUCAUGAUUGUGGAUUCUGGAGGCGGUACGGUGGAUGUGACUGCGCACAAGGUUCGCCUUUCAGGUAAACUACAGGAAGUCCUUCCUCCAUCAGGAGGUCCAUGGGGAGGAACAAAGGUAGACGACGCUUUCCAGACAUUCCUUGUGAAAGUCUUUGGACUCGCCGCUAUCAGGAAAAUGUCAAAAGCUGAAAAUUUGCAGAUAGAGAGGGAAUUCGAGAUUGUCAAGCGGUCUUUUAACCCGGUAGCUACAAUGUCAGCAGCAAAUAUCUGGAUUCCUUACUGUCUUAGAGAGAGCCUGGGUAGAACAACCGGAAUACAACACUCUAUCAAGAUUAGAGGUGAUAAAAUGAGCAUUCCACACCUAACGGUUGCCAGCUUCUUUGAUGUGCCAGUCCAAAAGAUUGUAAACCACGUAAGGGAGCUGAUGGCAAAACCGGAGAUGGCUUCUACCAAUAAUAUCUAUUUGGUAGGAGGACUAUCAGACAGCAAACUACUGCAGGCCGCUAUGAAAAAAGCAUUCCCUCACAUCCAGGUACAUAUAUCGGUGGAGGCAAGCUCGGCUGUCCUCAAAGGAGCAGUCAUUUUCGGUCACGACUCCGACAUUAUUGGAUGGAGAAUUGCACCAUUGACAUAUGGUGUCAGUACGUAUGGUAGCUUUGACCAUAACAGACAUCCCAGACAUAAACUUACACUAAUCGAAGGAAAAGAAUACUGCUCCGGCAUCUUUGCGAAGAUUAUAACAAACGGUACAAGUAUGCGGAAUGGUCAGGCAACUCCUUAUCGACAAUUCUCUCCAAUUUACCAAAAUCAGACAUCAGUGUCUAUAGAGGUUACUGCAUCUCCUUCUGCAUCUCCAUCUUACGCCACAGAUCCAGGGUGCCGCGUCCUUGGAACUAUCUUGGUGAGAAUGCCUGACCUCACAAGGGGAACUAACAGAAAAGUCAAGGUCAGAAUGAUAAUGGGAGGUACAGAGCUGAAGGUGGAGGCUGUGGAUGGAAACACUGGUGUGACAUAUGCAGCUACAUUUGAUUGCAUUUAACUGUAACCGAUACCGAACCGCAUCUGAGCACAGGCUCUAAUUGAUAAAAAGAUAUGCUUUAUGUUUGUUUAUAACAUGACGUCAUAUGUGCUGACAGUAUCAUAUAACAAAUAUGUGUCGGGUAGUUAAACACGAACUGUCAUACAUUUAUAACUUAAAAGACUUUUUCAUCACCUGUGCAUCUGAGAGGGAUACAGUGAUUUUACAUGGUCGUCUCCGUCAUGUCAUUAAAAUGUAUGGUUUCAUUGGAACUUCAUUUGUAUUACCAAUAUUCCUGCUUCAGAGUCCUUUUUAGACCUCACAUUUCCCUAAAAAAGUAUGUUAGAACCACAGAAAAACGUAUUGCUAUGUGUAGUCUAAUUAGGUCUGCAGAAAUGAUUCAGCAAACAUUUUUGUGGGUGAAUUUGAGCUACAAUUUAACCAACAUUACUUGCCUGUAAGCAUCCAAAUGUUUUCUUUUAUUAUCCUGUCUAGGAUAACAAGAGUCAAUAAUCAAACCAAAUCAACAUGAAGUUCUAAAUCUUCCCAAUAUUUGUAAAUAUGUAUAAUUAGAUUAAGUUUGAGAGAAUAAAUGAAAAUAAAGAGAGAAUGAAGGGAAAGAGGCCUCCUUCGUGAGGUUACAUUAUGUAAUAGGGAUGAACCCGGGGCACCCAACCCUGGCAUUCCUCCCAAAAGUUAAUGGGGGAAUAAAAUACAAG